GGAUGCUUGGAUAACAUCUGUCACAUCUGUAUGUCGAAAAAUGUCAUUUUUUGUAGAGAAUGUUUUCAAUGUUUUAUUUUGAAAACAAAAAUGCAUAAUAUAUUUAUUAAACAAAAAGUAUUAUAUAAAAAUGGCUCGUAACAUAGAAAUAUUAAUAAUAAUAGUUACAAUAAUAGGUAUAAUAUUCUUUUUAUUAAUUAACGUAUGGAUUUUGAAUAUAAGCAUAGUGCAAGACCCACCAGAAAAUUUUAUUUGGGUUAUACAUGGAUUGCGGAAUGUAUUAGGAUAUGGAACUAUUUUUAUUCCGGGCUACGUAAUAUAUAAAUACGUAAUUAGGACCAAUUAUUUAAAUAAAAGUGGAAGAGGUCCGAUUGGAGGUAUAAUGCGAACAUGUUUUGGUGAAGAUGAGUUAUUGCUGGUAAAUCCAAAUAUACAUGGCUCUAAAACAUCUAGAACCGUUUUUCAAGAUGCCGUUUUGUUAUUAUUUUAUUUCUUUGGCCUACAAAUUUCGUAUUUGUCUUGGGGAGUGCUUCAAGAAAAAGUAAUGACACAAAAGUACGAGAAUUCCAAUGGAGAAGAAGGUAUUUUUAAGGACUCACAGUUCUUAGUGUUUGUAAAUAGAAUUUUGGCUUUUGCAAUGUCAGCUGUAGUGUUAAUAUGUACCAGACAGCCCAGGCAUAGAUGUCCUUUAUAUAAAUACGUAUUUUGCUCAUUCUCAAAUAUCAUGAGUUCUUGGUGCCAGUAUGAAGCUUUAAAAUAUGUCUCGUUCCCCCAUCAAGUGUUAGCCAAAGCAAGCAAAACUAUUCCUGUGAUGAUAAUGGGUAAAAUCAUUUCCAAAACCAAAUACGAAUUUUAUGAAUAUGUGACUGCUGUUAUCCUGUCUGUGGGAAUGUUAUUUUUUAUGUUAGAUUCUGGGAAUGAUAGAGCCACAAGCACGGUGACAACAUUUAGUGGAGUUAUUUUGUUAUGCUCCUACAUAGCUUUUGACAGUUUUACCUCAAAUUGGCAAGGGAAAUUAUUUAAAACUUAUGAAAUGAAACCCAUACAAAUGAUGUGUUUUGUAAACUUUUUUUCAUGUAUUUUUACACUAGUGUCUUUACUACAACAUGGAGGUCUUUUAGAAUCAUUUAAGUUUAUGUUUGCCUAUCCACAAUUCAUAGUUGACGUAACUAUUCUGUCAGUUUGCUCAGCUUCGGGACAAAUGUUUAUAUUUUGUACAAUAGAUACAUUUGGUCCUUUAGUAUUUGUAAUCAUAAGCACAAUCAGGCAGUGUCUAUCUGUGUUAUUAAGUUGUAUAAUUUACCAUCAUCAAGUAAAUAUUAUCGGAGGAGUAGGAUUGUUUUUGGUGUUCUUUAGUAUACUGUUAAAAAUUUAUUGUGGGUACAGAAUUAAAAUGAUCAAAUUGCAAAAUUCAAACCUCAUAAAAAACUAACACAGGUAAUUUUAAGAAUAGAGAUUUGAAUAGUUUCUAAUUAGAUUUUGAAUAAACAAAGCUUUAAGAUUGUCAGAAAACUAUUAAGUUUACAAUACAUUUUUAUUUUACUUUUUCAUAUUUAUAAUUAUCUGUACAUAUUGAGAAAUAUACAAUAUAUAUGAAACUU